AUGACACUCGCUUGCGUCACAGACGGAGAUUUUAGGGUUGUCAUUGCCUUGUAUAGGAAACUCAAACCUAGGCUCACCCCCGUCUGCUACAAUCAGCUGUUGCAAUCACUGGCUACGUCAUCUAAUCUGCUCUGUGAGAUGAAGAGAGUCUAUGCGGAUGUGUCCUCACCAAGCGUUGGCACCUCUAACAUCAUGAUCAGUGCGUAUUGUAGGCAUGGAUAUGUGGUGGAGUCGAAUCAGUAUCUGUGCAAGAUGAUUCACUCUGGCUUCACCCCUGAUCUCUCCACAUUUAAAUCUUUGAUUAUGGGUUACUCUAGAAUCAAUGAGGUGGAUGCUGCUCUUGGGGUUUUUCAUACCAACAUGGUACAACAUCCUGAUUUGAAAUGCUACCAACAGCUCACCAUGGGUCUUUGUGCUGCUGAUAAGCUGGGAAUAGCACAGAGGUUGUUGGAUCAGAUUCAAGGAUUGGAUCAGAUGGAUGAGAUGCAAGGACCACGUAGGAGGAUGGUUUUUGAGCAGCUUCUUACUCAGCACGAGUAUGAGGAAGCUGCAAACAUUGUGGAAGAUAUGAUUUGCAGUCGUCAUGUAGUGGACUUGAAAGAUUGCAAAACAUUGAUCUGCGGGCUGUUUGAACAUGGCAAAAAAGAGAGAGCGAUACAAGUUUUCUAUAAGCUGCUUCAGUGUGAUUGCUACUACGAUGAUGAGAUAGCUUGGACAAUCCUCAUUCGUGGUGUGCUUAGGAAGCACGGCCUUGCUGGUGCAUUUUCUCAACUGUUCCAAGCAAUGCGAAAGAGUGGGUCUCACUUGAGCCCUCAAACACGUCUAGCGCUUAUCAGGGGCCUUCGCAGGAAGACUGUUCCAACACUUGUGCAAUAA